AUGUCAAAACCGAAUCCGUCGUUCAAUUAUGAUUUGGAGAUUUUCAAAUUAUGUCAAAAAUUCAUUAGGGAUAAAAAUCAUCAUGGAUUAGCUUUAAUCGCAAGGCAAAAAGGUUUACCACCAUUUUUAAGGUACAAAAUUUGGCCCAUCUUAUUAAAAUAUCAUCCAUAUGUUAUAAAUCCUUCAAUUCAACCUGAUGUAUUGAAAUCAAGUGAUGAGAAUUCUGAAGGUAGUGAACCAAUAAAUAAAGAAGAAUUGUUGGCUAAAAUUGAAAAAGAUCUUAAGAAGUAUUUGACUCGUUUGAAAUAUACUCAACAAAUUAAAGAUUUGAAUGAAAAUGAAUUGAAAAUCUUCGAAGUUUUAAAAGAUGCAAUUUUCAAAUUUUUAAUUAAAUGGGGGAAAAUUAUUAAGUAUGAUAGUUCAUAUAGUUGGAUAGCUUUAGGGUUGGCUGAAUGGUUCCCACCAAUACCUGAUACUUAUUGGGUUUUGGUUGGUAGAGAUAUACCUUCAAAAAGUUCUAAACCAAAUUCAAAUUCCUCAAAUUCUUCAUCAUCAACUAUUUCAGAUAUUGAACAACCAACCGUUAUCAAAGAUUUAUUUCUCGAUUAUUCUAAUUAUAUUGAAAAUUUGAAUCUCAAUUCAAGUGAUGAAGAAUCAAGUGAAUCAAUUGAUUUGAAUGGAUCAACAGUUUUUUCACCCGAUACUCAUUUAGUUGAAAAUGAUGUAACUGAAAAUAGUAUGAAAUUUUAUGAAGUUUUCGAAAGAUUAGUGUUAGUUUUAUUACAUUGUCCUCAAAAUAAAUUGAAACAAGAUAAUAAAAAAUACGAAACUUUAAACAAUGAAAAAUUCUUGAAUUUACCAAAAAAUGGUGGUUCAAUUGAAGAAAGAGUUACAUUUUUCAUUUAUUUAUUAAGAAAGUUAUUACCUGAAUUAUCUAAUUAUUUCAGUGAAGAACAAAUCUUGAAUAAAUUUGGUGCUAAUGAUGAUGAAUGGCUAAUUUGGUGGUUGAAAUAUUGUGGGUCUAAAGUUUGGUCAAGGUUAGAUAGAGGGAAAAUUUGGGAUAAUUUAUUAGGUUUCAAAUUCAAAAGUAAAGGAAAAAAUUAUAAUGAAACUGUUUUACAUUUGAAUAAUCAUUUGUUAUCAAAAAUUGGUACUGAUAAUUUUUGGACUUUAGAAUCAAAUUUUGGUUCUAAUUCUUCAACUUCCCUAAUUAAUUUAUCACAGUUGACUAUUAAUAAUGAAGACAAUGAUAUACCAUUUCCUAAAAUGAAUCCUCAUGUUCAAUUGAUCUUUAUUACUUUGGCCUUGUUGAAAUGUCGUGAACAUGUUUUGAGUGAAUUGGAUCAACAUGAAAUCAGACAAUAUUUAUCAAGAUUACCUACCACAUCAUAUUCGUUUUCUAAUAAAUAUCAAAUUUUCAAACAGAAAAUAGAAAAGAAAAGAGAAGAAGAAAAGAAUAAAGAGAACAAUAUUACUAAUACCCCAAAUUCCAAGAAUUCAAGAUCUUCAACCAUUAGCGAUUUAAGUGAUUGUUCACCUGAUUCACCUAUUUCUCACACUUCAACUUCAACUUCCUUAUCAUUAGCUACAUCUCCAACAGAUCAAAUCAUUUCCAAUGAUUCCUUAAAUAAUCAUUCCAUCGAUUUAAUGGAUUACGUUAUUAAUGAAGCUGGUGAAUUAUGGAGAAAAUGGUUAUACUUAGAAUCUGAAGCAAAUAACAGUAUUUAG